AGACUGGAACACUUCCGCCUGUCAGGCCAGAAGAGAUUUCCUGACGCCACAGCCGGAAAUCCGUGUGCAUUUCAGUUGAGAAAAGAAUGGUAGGCUUGGUGGGGGGAGCUCCUGCAAAAGGGGAACUAAUACCGAAACACUCUGGUAUUUGUCUGCCUCUCUCAUUCCACCGCGGUUUUCCCUAUAUCCGGAGCUCGCCCCUGCGCAUUCCAAUACCUGAAACGGCCACGGAGUACAGGACAGGGAGCUCUCCGACAGAAAGAGUCGCAGCGCUAGGCAAACCCUGAUGUCACUCCGCUUCCACAAGCUGGACCCGGGUAAACUACGCUCUAGCUCCUCCCACUGCCGAUGAGGUUAACCCGGAUGUGGAAGAACGUUGUCUGCGAAGGAAAAGGUAGAUGUUAAAUGUUAACUACCCGUGAGGUCUCGAGGAGCCCUAGGAACAGGAAGGAGAAAGGAAUACCGAAAAGUGACAACCGUUUGCCAAUCACAGUCUUUAAUCUGAUAAAGCGGAUAUCUAGACUUGAGUCCCCGGUGCCGGAUCAACCACCAAACACAGCCGCCGCCAUUGACUGGAGUCCUUGUGUCUGAGUGUCAGUCCCUGCCGCUGUGUGACACAGCACCUAGAGGCAAGGAAAUAAGAAAACUGCCUCUGAUCCAAGCAAAGAAGUUGCUAGUCUCUACCAAAGACUCAGCCUCAUCUGUCUCCUGUGUCUUCAUUUAUUGGUCUCUGUUUUUGUGAAUCCCUGUCUGCCUGUAGAUCUGCUGUAGGGCUUGUCACCAUUGGAAGCAAGGUCCUACUUCAGUGGCAGAUCUGGUGGCCUUGGAGUGGCUGAAGACCACCACCCUCCACAGGGCUGCGCCCAUGCACAGCCAUCCUUCCCUACCUUGAGUGAGCUUCCUCUGCAUGUUUUCUAUAUCACUGGCAGAGCCUGUAGUUGGAAAGGGGACAGAGUGACUACUGGACUUUGUAUGAAAACACCAACCGGGACAGACCUUCAGUCAAGGCUGAGACAGGGUUGAGGGUAUAUAACUUGUCCUUGCCUUAAACUUGGAACAUGGCUGGCUCUGGGACAGAAGCAAGGGCUAGAGAAAAGGCUGAGGCUGGCCUGAAAGAUGGAAUCAGUGGUCCUGCUGCUGCUAGAGUGAGUGGUGAAACACAGGCCAAGGCAGUGGCUGAGGCAAAACUGAAAACAGAAUCAGUGACCCAGGCCAAAGCUGGUGAUGGAGCAAUGGCCAGGACACAUACGGUGACCUACACUGUGACUAUGGCUGUGACAAGGGAAGAGAGCAGGAUGGAAGAUACAACUAAGACUAGAGUCGUGGUUGAGACUAAGGCAAAACCUCUGGCAGAACAUAGUAUAGUACCACAAACCAAGUCAAAGGCCAUGCCUAUGUCUAGGGUCAGUGCUGUAACCAAGUCCGAAGUCAAGGUUGUUGCUGUCAGUGAGGCGAAUAUCAGGUCCUAUACCAAGUCACAUGAUAAGGCCAAUACUGGGUCCAGACCUGACAGAAGGGAAGAGGCCAGCAUCAAGGCCAAGGCUGGGGACAAAACUGGCAUUGGGAUGAAAUCCAGUGAUGAGGAUGAAGAAAAUAUCUGCUCCUGGUUCUGGACUGGAGAAGAACCUAGUGUAGGGUCCUGGUUCUGGCCUGAAGAAGAGACCUCUCCUCAAGUUUAUAAGCCCCUACCUAAGAUCCAGGAAAAGCCCAAACCCACACCUAAACCCAUGCUUACUAUAAAACAAAAGGCAAUAGCAUGGUCAAGGGCCAGGUAUAUUGUCCUAGUUCCAAUUGAGGGAGGAGAGCAAUCCUUGCCUCCUGAAGGAAACUGGACCCUGGUUGAGACCUUGAUUGAAACUCCUCUGGGGAUUCGACCUCUGACCAAGAUCCCACCCUAUCAUGGGCCUUAUUUCCAGACCUUAGCUGAGAUAAAAAAACAGAUUAAGCAAAGGGAAAAGUAUGGGCCCAAUCCAAAAUCCUGCCGCUGCAAAUCACAUGCAUUUAGUUUGGAGCCUAAAGAGUUUGAUAAACUUGUUGCCCUCCUUAAGUUAACUAAGGAUCCUUUCAUUCAUCAAAUAGCUACCAUGAUAAUGGGCAUCAGUCCUGCUUAUCCAUUUACACAAGAUAUAAUUCAUGAUGUAGGUAUUACUGUUAUGAUUGAAAACUUGGUCAAUAAUCCCAAUGUUAAAGAACACCCUAGAGCUUUAAGUAUGGUGGAUGACAGCUCUGAGCCUUCCGAAGAACCAAAAGCAGAAGAGUCAUAUAUACACCAAGUUUGUAAAGACAUAGUCUCUUGCCCCUUGAACUCCCCUGUACAACUGGCUGGACUGAAAUUACUAGGGCACUUGAGUGUAAAAUUUGAAGAUCACUAUGUGAUUACCAGUUAUAUUCCAGAUUUCCUCACCUUGUUAAACAAGGGAAGUGUCAAAACCAAGUUUUAUGUUUUAAAAGUGUUUUUGUGUUUGUCUAAAAAUCAAGCCAAUACAAGAGAAUUGGUCAGUGCCAAAGUACUGUCAUCAUUGGUUGCACCCUUUAACAAGAAUGAGUCAAAGGCCAAUAUUCUUAAUAUUAUUGAAAUAUUUGAGAAUAUAAAUUUUCAGUUCAAAACAAAGGCAAAGCUAUUUACCAAAGAAAAGUUCACUAAAUCUGAGCUUAUUUCAAUAUUCCAGGAAGCAAAACAGUUUGGUCAGAAACUCCAAGACUUAGCAGAGCACAGUGAUCCUGAAGUGCGAGAUAAAGUCAUACGAUUAAUACUCAAACUCUGAAUAGCCCUCUGUUUUUAUAAAGCCUCAAACAGUUUUUUGGAGUUGCAAUAUGAAAACAAUGCACAUUAUAAUUAUAAAUGCAAUACUUAUGUCUUCCGUGUUGAUUGAGGGAGAAUACCAAUUAAUCUCGAGAUCCUGAAACGUGCUGAUUUUUAUUGUGCUAUAUAAUAUAAAUUGAGAUUAUUUUUAGUAUUUCUGCAACAUGACCUGAUAAUGAAUCUAUUCAUCCUAAGCUAUACUUCUGUGCUUUAUACUGAUAUAAGUGUAUUCUUUUGAGAUUUUAUUUCCAUGUUGUUAAUAAAGUUGCAUGCUAAAACUGAUGAAAA